UACUAACAGUAAUACCUCUUUCACUUCACCUCACAAAUUGCUUCAUCUCUUUCCAUCAAAACCCAAAAUUGUAACCUUUUUCUUCCCUGUGCGCGGAAGCCAAUGGUGUCCACAGUUUCUCUAACUGGUCAUUUAUCAAACAUCCACGGAACAAGUGAAUGGAAAAAGCUUUGCCCUCUAUCAACUUCUCUGUGUAAACUGAACUCCAGUGCAAAUGUAGUUGAUAUGAGGAUAUUAUCUCGGUGUGGUAGUCAAAAAGUUGGACCUGAUCGUAGAUGUUUUCGUGUUUAUGGCCUAUUUGGAGGGAAAAAAGAAAAUAAUGAGAAAAGUGAUGAUGCACCUUCAAAGGCCGGAAUUCUUGGAAACAUGCAAAAUCUUUAUGAGACUGUGAAGAAGGCACAAAUGGUGGUCCAAGUUGAAGCUGUGCGAGUUCAGAAAGAACUUGCUGCAGCAGAGUUUGAUGGUUACUGUGAGGGUGAGUUAAUAAAGGUAACACUAUCUGGGAAUCAGCAGCCUGUACGAACACAAAUUACUGAGGCUGCUAUGGAAUUGGGACCAGAAAAACUUUCAUUGUUAAUCACUGAGGCAUACAAGGAUGCACACCAGAAGAGUGUCCUGGCCAUGAAGGAAAGGAUGAGUGAUCUUGCACAGAGCUUAGGAAUGCCGCCAGGGCUCAGUGAAGGGAUGAAGUGAUGACAAACAUGAGAUGAACAUCAAUUUUGCAUACAAGAACACCAAUGUCACAAAUUCUAAUUUCUCCCUUACCUGUGAUUUUGAAUUUGCAAUCUUGUUUCUUUAUUUAUGUCAUACAAGAACCUAAUUUUCUUCCCUUUAUCCUUGUCCUAUUACUUUUUUACGGGGAAAAUCAAUUCUUUACAUCUUAUUAUCA